AGAACGUAAACAAAACACGCGUCAUACAAACCAACGUGUUUACGCUUUAAUACGAGCGAUAGAGCGUAAUUUAACAGCGUUUUUGUGUAUUUUAGUGAGUAAAUACAGCUGUUUCAUAGGUUGAUCGUUUGCUCGGAUGGACUCGCAGUACGUGAGCGGGACUCUGGCGGUCUGUCUCUCUCAGGGACUCGCGGAGCUGCUCGAGCAGAGGCCGCCGGAUCCCAUCGAGUUCCUGGCGCUCUGGAUCCUCAAAUACAAGCACAACCAGGAGCUCCAGCAACAGAAAUUAGCUUACCAGAGACUGUUAGAGGAGGAGCAGCAGCGGCUUCAAGCUGAAAGUCUCCAUCAGAAACUCCUGCAGGACGAGGAGACGCGGAUCAGAGCCGCACAGGAGCAGAUCCAGCAUGAACCUGAAUCAGCAGACGAGAGCAAACUCAGUCCUCCAGAUCAGGGUGAAGAUGAGCAGACAGAUGCUGCACAAGAUCCUGGAGAUCAGACGGAGUCAGAGUCAGUGAAAGAGCCCACAGAUCCACCAGCAGAAGAUCAGGAGGCAAAUAAGGAGGAAUCUGGUGAAGCUGUUGCAGGUGAGGAACAAACCCCUGAGAUCCUGAACACUGACCAAUCACAGUCUCAGGAGGAGCACAGCGACACACAGAAGGAGCCAGACGUCCCAUCUGAAGAGAACAAAGCUGAUCCUGAGAAGACAGAAGAAGACUCUGAUGAGAGACAGAUGGAAACACAGGACAAAGAAUCAGGAAGACCUGAAGAUACUGAAGAUGCGUCAGGACCAGCAGCGAGACCUGAGGAACCGGACGACGGCGUCCAACCACAGGAGGAAGAGGAUAAAGCCUAAACGCCAAUAUGAUUUCAUGCAUAUUGAUAUUAAAUUAUAGUUAUGGUUACUGAACUUUUGUGUUGUGUUGUAUAUAUUGACACCCAAACUGACUGAGCAACUACCUACAAUGCCUUAGUAACCACCUAGAACACAAAAAGUGUAAUUCUGUUGAGUUUUUAAUUAAGUUCAUCCAAUUUAAAUUUGGGGUUCUUAUGAAAAAUGGGUUUUAAAUAUCUUAUUUAGUUCUGAUUUAAAUUUCAGCAACUCAGGUAUAGUUUUCACAAUGAAAGUAGUCAUUUAAAAAAACACUCAGAAUGCCUCAGAAACCCUGAGCUGCUGUUCUGCUUCAUUAGCUGCGUGAUAAGCUGUAAUCGGUGUGAGAAAUCAGUGCAGACGGAGCGAAUGUUUGUGGGAACAGAGGUCAAUCUCCUCCCAGCUUGCACAACCACUGGAUCCAGAUCAGCAUUCACCGCCGCUGAGCUCCAUCAAGACCUCGUGAGCUGCUGAACACUGGUCAUCAAACCACUAGAGAUCCAUUAGUGAAGGACGGACACGUCUGGAGACACUCAGAAGAUCCUCAGCUCUGCUGUGAGCGUUUGUGAGCGAUGGAGCCGGUGACCCGCACCGUCAGCUCUCUGGGUCUGACCGUCAUCGAGGCGUU